ACUGAAAACGUACUGCUGGUUUUUAUUAUCUUGUCCAGGACUUCAGCUAGGACAUCAUUUUGCGAAACCUUUUGCUAUUGUACUUUCAAAUCGAAAGAAUUCCCCGGAUGUCUUACCUACUACUCUUUAUCGAAGAUAACUUGACUAAUGGUUUUUAAUAGCUCUUUAUCAGAUAAAUAUACAUCGUGAGCGAUAAUGCGCGAAAGUAGAUAGAAAAAUUGCAAUAUUUUCUUUCAUCAAAUGGAUUAUUGUCGAAUCGAAUCGAUAUACGCACUUAACUAACUAUUGUUAAAGAAAUGCCGGAGAAAAUGGAAGUGGAUCGAAAACUUUACAAAAAUAAAUCAAAUUUCGGAAUAACAUGCACGAAAUACACACUGUUUCUGUUGAAUGCUGUCUUUGUUAUCGCUAGUGUUAUGGCCAUAUCCAGUGGAAUAUCACUAACAGUCGCUUUUACGUCCACCUACGAUAUGAUGGCUUAUGGAGUCGAUACAGUGUCAACACUGUGGUUAGUCAUCGGGACCAUUUUUUUGAUCGUAGCUUUCUUUGGCAUAUUUGCUGCGUUGAAGGAAAGCACAGCUUCUGCCAAUAUAUAUGGCAUCUUAAUUAUGGUGGUAUUUGUCUGGCAAAUAGCAGUAUCGGCCUAUAGUUUCAGCUUUCUAAAUCAAACCCAAUACAUUGUAACCAAUCAACUCAAACGAAUGAUGAUAGACUAUUCACGCGGCUAUCAACCAGAAGUUGAUUGGAUUCAACUAAACUAUCAGUGCUGUGGCAUCAACGAUCCAUCGGAUUGGCAAAAGUUUGAUAGGUAUACAACACCUUCUCCUCGUUACGACAAAUAUGACUACUUCGACCACCUAAACUCUACCACUGACGCGCAGAUAAAUCAAAUCGAUCGAUUGCCAGUUUCAUGUUGUGAACAAAAUAGCAAUUAUGUGAACCUAAGAUGCGACCGUUAUCAUAAGACUGGAUGCUUUGACCCUAUUCAUCGAAUUGUUUCUGCGAGUGUGAUGCUGGCUGGUACAUUCGGGCUUAUUUUCUCGAUUUUACAGUUUUUGGGUAUUGUCUUGGGAUUCCAUUAUGCACGGCUUAUACGAGGCAAGAAAACUCAACUACAGGUGCAAAUUUGGAACACUUAUCACGGAAAUUCAGCUUCCGACCACCAAGAGACAGACUAUGAUCCGAUGCAAUCAUAAAGAGUAUUGUCAUUCAUUCAAUACCAUGAUGGACGGUGUUCGAUGUUCGUGGUAAAGAGAGUUAAUAGUUAAUUGACUGUCGGAAGGAAGCUGUACAAGUUUUUCUUUAAACAAAACAAAAUACAAUUUUACCAUAAAA